AACCCGUCGUGGCACUCGCAGACGCAAGACACAGCGCGCUUCACGUAGUCCGAUCACAAAAGUGAAAAUAUAAAUACAAUUUCAAUAGAGAGCAGCAACAAAAACAGCACCAAAUCCCAACAGCCCAAAUAAAUAAAAACAAAUCAAAAUACGCAGACGACGUUUUUGAUUUGAAACGGAUUCGAGUUCGAGUUCAUUUGCAUUGCCGACAGUUAACACCUGAAUUUGAUUAAAGCACGAUGGCCAAGGAUUUGAGCACUCUGGGUUGGGAUUACUUCAUGUUUGUGGCAUUUAUAGCGCUUACCGUCUUGGGACCACUCUGGACCCGCAUAUUUGGCAAGAAAAAGCAACAGAGCAAGGCGGAUUAUGUCUUUGCCACCGGCGGUGUAUCCAUUGUGGCAGUUAUGAUUUCCAUAGCACGUGGCACACUCGGCGUACGUUCGGUGUUGGGGUAUCCCAGUGAACUUUAUUAUCGCGGCUCGGCCAUGUGGGAGAUCGUAUAUGGCAUGAUGAGUGCGUAUCCGAUUGUCUGCUUCAUGUUUGUGCCCGUCUAUUUCAACCUGGGCAUCACCUCUGUUUAUCAGUACAUCGAUCUCAGAUUCAAGAGUCGCACCGUACGUUGCCUCGCCUCGGCCACAUAUAUUGUUCGGCAAAUCUGCAAUCUGGGCAUUACGGUCUACACGCCCAGCGUGGCGCUGUCCGCUGUCAUUGGCAUACCCUAUUGGGCGUCCAUAACGGGCAUGUCCAUCAUCUGCAUAUUCUUCACGAUUUUGGGCGGUCUCAAGGCAGCCAUCAAUGCGGACGUCAUCCAAACUAUAACCAUUCUGGUGGUAACCGUUGCCGUCUGCCUACAGGGCACCAUCUCCAGUGGUGGGCCAAAGAAGGUCUACGAAGUGAAUCGCGACAAUGGCCGCUUAAACUUCUGGAAUUUCACCGGUGACCUCACCGUGCGUGUUGACACCACGUCCGCUUGGCUGGGACAACUGUUUAUGUCCCUCUCGCAGAUCGGUUGCCAGCAGAACUUCAUGCAACGUUAUGUCAGCCUCAAGUCACUUAAGGAGGUCCGCAGCGUAAUGUUGAGCAAUGUUCCGAUUGUGUUUCUGUUCUUUGCUCUCUCUUGGCUAUCGGGCAUGGUCAUUUACUCCGCGUACAUAAACUGUGAUCCUUAUGCCGAGGGCUAUAUCAAGAAGCCCGACGAGAUUCUGCCCUUCUUUGUGGAGGAUCAACUGGGAUUCCUGCCCGGCUUUGUGGGCAUCUUUAUGGCCACUCUAUUCAACGGUGCACUCUGCAUGAUGGUUUCUAAUCUUAACUCCCUGGCCACCGUUUGCUGGGAGGAUUUCAUAUCGCAGCUACCCACAUUCAAGGGACUGAGCGACAAACAUCAGUUGAGAAUUAUAAAAAUUGUUACCGUUGUUUGCGGUCUGAUUAUAAUGUGCGUCGCCUUUGGAGUUGGCCUGCUUUCUGGCGUUAUCGAGUCCUCGCUGCUGGUAUUCUCGGCGACCUCCGGUCCUCUUCUGGGUUGCUUCAUUUUAGCCAUGAUGGUUCCCGUGGCCAACUGGAAGGGUACAGCCGCCGGCAUGGUGACGGCCUGCGCUUUUGUGCUUUGGAUUAUUGGCGGCAGCAUGACCAUUGACAAGCCCUCGACAAUGCUGCCCACAUCCACAGAGGGCUGCUCAAACUUCACCUUCUCGCGGUCCAUUGCCAAGCCCAGUAGUGGAAUCGACGAGUUGCCUUGGCUAUUGAAGCACACACCCAUCGAUGGCUACAAUCAAACCUUUGUGGACCCGACACCCAAAAUUGCUCACGAAAAGACGCCUUUGGAGACCUUCUACUCCAUUAGCUUUAUGUACUACAGUUUGAUUGGCACAGCAUUGACGGUUCUCAUUGGCACCUUAAUCAGCUGCCUGACCCAGCAUGCGGACGACGAGUACGAUGCCAAGCUGCUGCACCCGCUCAUCUUCCGUUGCUACGAGCGCCUGAACGUCCCAAAGCCAUAUUACAUUAAGCACGAGGAGGAAUCCGGCCUGAAUCGAGGCAGUAGCAGCAACUCAUCUGCAACGACGACCUGCAAGGUGGAAAAGAUCAAUCAUGCUUUUGAUGCCAACGAGGAAAAGAAUAGUCCAAUAUCCAUACAGUUUACAAAUUCAACCAACGACAACAACGAACGUCGUAGUUCCAUUUGCAGUAACAGCAGAAUACAACUCGAUACCGUGCCCUCAGGGGAAACGGGUGUCUAUCGACACCUCGGCUCAAAGACGACGUUCUGAGUCCCUUACUAGAACCCUCCGAAACUACGUACAUAUACAAAUAAACACUUAGUCUGUACUUAGUCCGUAAUUAUUAAGCUAAGCUAUAUUUUAGAGCAAUUAAUGAGGGGAGUAAGUCGUACGCCUUCCGUGUAAAAAGUCGAUAAAGAUGCUGUGAUUACUUACUGUACAAGAGUAUACAGUUACGCAUAUCGUUAGAUCUUAAACAGAUAGUCGAGAUGCGUAUCGUAGAAUAACAAUUUAAUGUGUAUGUACUUAAGUAUAUGUAAGAAAAGGCAAUAACUCAAUUUUAAGCUCAACAUUUUGUUCAAUAAUUAAGCGAGUUUUAUUUACAUAAAUAAAUGUUCAUUGCAAAUUUGU